AUGCCGACCAACCCAGACGCGGUCACGAUCAUUCGUGACCACGUCCUCUACGACCCUCUCCAGGCGCGCGACACCGCGCCCUGGCAGCAGCUCCCCGAAUUCCCAGCAGCCGCUGAGCUGCUCAACCCAGCUGCCACCACCAACGACCUCCCACCUUUCCCGGUGGACCGCUCAUUCGACUCCAAGGCCCAGUACCUCGAGGCUCUCUACAAGAUCCUCCGUUUCGAGGCCGUCGAAGGGCUUCGCUUCUCCGUCAACGAGUUCAGAUCGAACCCCAAGAUGAACGACGACGAGAACACUUGCGUCUACACCAAGGUCUUCGUUAAGGGCUAUUUGAUGGCGAAGCUCGGCCCAAUUUGCCGAAUCAGCUUCUCGACCCGUCGGGCUGGCCGCAAGAUCCUGUGGAGGCAGGCCAAGCGCCUGACCCCCGGUCGCAUCGUUGCUCUCUCAAGCGACAACUUCCAGAGCGAUUGCCGUGUAGCCAUCAUGGCCCAACGCCCCAUUGAGGGCGGUCUCGACCAGAACCCACCCACCGUGGACAUAAUCUGGGGCUGUGCCGAAGAGGCCAUCGUCGACCCCGACCAAGAGCUGGUCAUGAUCGAGUCUCGCAACGGCUUUUUCGAAGCUGCUCGCCAUGCCCUGCUUGGGCUCCAGCUCGCCGCUGGUGAGGUCUCUGCCUUCGACAAGUACCUCCUUGACCUGGACGACCAUGAUCAUCUAUCACGAUUUAUCGCCCACAACCCUCUCCUCGACCUAUCCUGCCUCAUAACACAGCUCACGCCCCAACAGAAGCAGACAUCAGGUAGCAAGGACCUUGAGCAGAUGCUCUUUCAGCAAAUCGCUGGCCGGUACCAAGAGUGCGACGUAACUCGUCCUCUGUCGAAGCAGGGCAUCCAACAACACACAAGCCUUGAUUCUUCCCAGCUUGAGGCUCUGCAACGGAUGGUCUCGAACGAAUUGGCUGUCGUCCAGGGCCCUCCUGGCACCGGCAAAACCUUUACAUCCGUUCAAGCUCUGAUGGCUAUCCUUGCAAAUCGGCGACCAGGUGACCCCCCUGUGAUCGUCGCCGCCCAAACCAAUCACGCCCUAGAUCAGCUACUUAUCUACUGUCAUUCUGCUGGCGCCAAUAUCUUGCGCGUGGGCGGUCGCACCGAGAACGAAGUAAUCAAAGAACGCACAUUUUACAACCUUCGCAAGUCACUCGGCAAGGAUGCGCCGGGGGACGGCAGGUCCAAGUACAGGUCACUUGAGAAAGCCCGGCUGCAAAUCAUCGACACUUUCAAGACCCUCGUCGACGGCGUCUUUGGUGGCCAGGGAUUGUUGGACCCUCAGGCUCUCGUCGAUGCCGGCGUGAUCAACGAAGCUCAGUUCGAGUCCCUAUCCAGUGAUGGGUGGGAAGGAAACGACGAGGAGUCAGCAAUGCAGUCCUGGCUGGGCGAAGAGCUACUUGAACGCAUCCGCCAGCCGCCCGAGGAUCUUGGCUUUACGGAAGAAGAAGCCGUUGACGAGCCCGACUUCGAGGUGGAUCCUGAUUUGGAUGAUGACACAGUCGAGGGCGAUGACGAUCCUCUCCAUGGCACUUGGAUCCCAUUGACAAGCCACUACAGUGGAAAAACGCCCCGUGUUCCCGGCUGGCAGGCCAGAUGUGCUGCUAAUCUUGCCCGCAGUGAUGACCUCUAUCAGAUACCGGUUCAGCUUCGCGGUGGAGUCUACCAGCUCCUUCAAACCAAACUGAGAGAAUCAUCGGUGACAAAGUUCCGCGAGAUCCUCCAACAGGCCGUUACCCACGCCAAGCUGCAGAAGGCCAACAAGUGGUUCAGCGACCUCAACAUCCUUGAGAAGAAAUCCAUCAGCAUCAUCGGCUGCACCACAACUGGAUUGACCAAGUAUCGUGGAUUUCUGGCUGCCACUGGAGCACGAGUGCUUCUGAUCGAAGAGGCCGCCGAGACCAGGGAGCCGAAUGUCACGUCCGCUCUGUUUCCCAGCCUGGACCAGCUAAUCCUUGUUGGCGAUCACCAGCAGCUUCCGCCACAAUGCGACAUCGCCCGCCUCGGGGGUGAGCCGUUCAACCUCAACAUCUCCCUGUUUGAGCGCUUGGUUCGAAAUCGGCUUCCUUACACCAUGUUGAACCAGCAACGCCGUAUGGCACCAGAGUUGCGAUAUAUUGUGCAGAAGUACUACCCCAACCUGAAGGAUCACCCACUCGUCAAAGAUGAUGCCAACCGCCCCCUGAUCCCAGGCAUGGGUUCGCGUCGCAGCUGGUUCUUCACACAUGAGUGGCCGGAAGACACAGAUGCCGACAACAGCAAAUUCAACUCCCAAGAGGCUCUGAUGAUUGUUGCAUUCAUGAAAUAUCUGGUACAGAAUGGCGUCAAGCCUUCGGAGAUCACUGUGCUCACCUACUACCGUGGGCAGCGGAAGAGGAUUCUUCAGCUCCUCCGACGGGAUUUUGUGUCUUUAGGCACUUAUCACUUCAAUGUUGCGACGGUAGACUCGUACCAGGGCGAGGAAAACGAGAUUGUCCUUCUAUCCCUUGUCAGAAGUCCGCGCACGCCAUACGACGUCAAGCGGGUUGGCUUCGUAGAGAGCCUGAACCGCGCAACAGUCGCUAUCAGCAGAGCCCGUCGUGGCUUUUUCAUGUUUGGCAACAAAGAGAACUUGUUCAAAGCCACAACCCAGUCCUUCGACACCUGGGCCCCCGUUUGGAACGGCUUUGCAGAGCAGCAGCGUGUUGCUAUGGGCAAGGGGCUGCCUUUGGUGUGCCAGAAUCACAAUGAUGAGCAGAGCACGAACGAGAUCUGGAUGAAGUCACCGGACAGCUUUGACGGAAAUGCUGCUGAGCGGCGGAUGGCCCAGCUUCACCUCGAGGCGGCUCCCUUGCCUACCUGGACGACACCUACGACGGUUCCGGGGCAGAGACGCGACACCAGUCCGGAGAAAUGGGUUGAAUUCAGUCAGAACCCUGCGACCCAUGACGAUGCGAUUCGCAAGGCCCGACUCCUGGCGUUGGACGCUCCACCAACGACUGCGGCAGCGCCGAACAUAAUAAAGGAGCGGUUCAUUCCUAUCUCAAACCGAGACGGAGUGCGAGUAAUUGAGAAGCAAGCUCAAUCUCGCGGACAACAGGUUCCCAAGGUUUCUGCGCAGGCUAACAACCAGAACGCUGGUCGCCGUCACAGCAGUGGCAAGCAGCAGCGACCAGGUCCGCAGACACGCAAUCAUGCCCGCGCACCAUUCAAUGGCAACCGAUUUGGAGGUUCGUCGGAAUUGCGAAGCCAUGGACACAGCAAUGCUCGGGCCAACGGCCAGCGAAGUCAGGUUCAAAGGCGUCCGACCGUGCAGCAGGGCAGACCCAACCAGCGACGGCAGCAACAACAUGCACCUCCCGACAACAGCCCCAUGGCCCCCGGCGGAGGCGGUAUCCAGUCUCUGAUCAACUUUCUCGAUGCAGUCCCGCCGGCUGGAGAUCAAGUCGCAGCCGACUCGAUUUCGUUGAUGGGCGAGUCUGAUCUCGGGUUCGAGGCCGAGGUUCUGGGCAUCCGACGAGGAGGCCACCGGACUGACCAAGGCACUGUCAACACCAACGCCGUCCCUGAUCGAGUUCAGGAGCACAUGGGCAUUUAUGCCGAGUCAUUGAUGUCUUUUGGUGUCGACGGCGCCGAUUCCCCGGCCGAGGCCGCCACAACACCCAAGGAUGAAAAAGAAGAGGAGCUUCUCAUCGACAUUUGA